AGGGGGAGGGGGUGGCGUGGGCAAGAGAGGGUUAAAGGUGGGGCCAGCCCUACAAACCCGCGCACACGCUCCUUACUCAGACCUGUCACACGCGUCUCGCCCGCACUUAGCCCGGGCUGGGGGAGGGGACCGGGGCCUGCACGGUCGGAACCCGCGCCUCCGGGCCGAGCCCCCUGGCCGAGGCGCACACACGCUCCAGCGCGCGCACACACCUCGGACAUUCCCAUAGUGCCUCACGUGACACUCGGCCCGAACGUGCCCACCCUGCCCACACGCUCACGCACGCGUGCUCACACGCGCGCACACAACCUCUGGCCGCUUCCGAACUCCCGCACUGACCCCCGUCCUCCGCCCCGCAAAGGCGCUCAUUGACGGCGGCACACCUCCACUCAUUCACAGACACACACUACCCCCACAUGCCAGCCACAGCCACACAUUCAUAAACAGGGCAGGGAGAAGUACACACGCACCCCCUCGCUGCCUACUCGUUUGGGAGCCCUGAGUCAUUCCUGCCCCCUCUCAGGGCUCCCCAUGUCCCUGAGUGCAGGCACGACGGGACAGGCUGGAGUCUCCUUUAGGGGUCCCCGUCCCCCUAGGCCCCCUUGCCCGGUUUGCUGCCCCUGACACUCAGCCAAGGACUUCCUGUAGGUCCCAGGUCAGGGGCUGGCUGCGCCUGGACGGUUGCCACAGCCCCGGUGCAGUUAGGGAGGCACUUCCUUUUCCUGAACUCUGGGAUCCUGCGAGAGGAAGUUGGGCGGGGGCCGCAGAGGCCAGGCUGACCGGUGGGACUGGCCCUCCAGAAGCACUGGCCUUUCUUAGGAGCAAGCGACAGAGGCCUGGGAUGGGAAUCUUGGCGGCUGUCGAGGUAUUUGGGAAAACAGAGGUCUGGGGAGGAGACCAAGCUGAGCCGUCCAGCCAGGUUCUAGGUUGUGCCAGUGUUGGGACAGCAGGCCUCCCAUCUGGUCUCUCUGGGUUCUGGAAAGAGUCCUUCCCUGCCACUGUGGCUUCCUUGACCCUCUAUCAGUUGUCCCCAGACUGCGCUCAUGCGGUCCAUCUGGUUCCAUCUCCUUCCCCUACAAGCAGUGACAGCAGAGGACAGAUGUAACCUUCUGAGGGAGAGUGUGUUGUGGAAUCUGGUCUCCCAGCUACCACAGGGUCCUCAGCCCAGCAUGGGGGAGCUGGGGACAAGCACCGGGUGUUCCUCUUCAUGCUCUUCCUGCUCUCUCAGGAGGCCCAGUGUGGGCUGAAGCCCUUACCAUGGAGUCCAUGUUUGAAGAUGACAUCAGCAUCCUGACCCAAGAAGCUUUAGGGCCCAGUGAGGUGUGGCUGGAUGGUCCUGGAGACGCCUCGCUCGGAGGCGACAUGUGUUCUGCCUCCCACUUUGCGCUCAUCACAGCCUAUGGAGAUAUCAAGGAGCGGCUAGGGGGCCUGGAGAGAGAGAAUGCCACCCUCCGCCGGCGCCUCAAAGUCUACGAGAUCAAGUACCCGCUGAUCACUGACUUUGGAGAGGAGCAUGGCUUCCCUCUGUAUGAAAUCAAGGAUGGCUCCCUGCUGGAGGUAGAGAAGGUCAGUCUGCAGCAGCGGCUUAACCAGUUCCAACACGAGUUGCAGAAGAAUAAGGAGCAGGAAGAACAGCUCGGGGAGAUGAUCCAGGCUUACGAGAAACUCUGUGUGGAGAAAAACGACUUGGAGACAGAGCUGGGGGAGAUGCGGGCCCUGGUAGAGACCCACUUGCGGCAGAUCUGUGGUCUGGAGCAGCAGCUGCAGCAGCAGCAAGGUCUCCCGGAUGCAGCCUUCCCCAGCCUGAGCCCCCCACCUGCCCCUGCCACACCCUGUCCUGACCUGGACCUGCACUAUCUGGCUUUGAGAGGACCUGCCUUGGGUCAUGGUUGGCCUGGCCCUACUAGCGUAAAUGUGAGCGAGCUGGAGCGAAGGCAGCUGGAAGAGGCCUUGGAGGCUGCGCAGGGGGAGGCUCGGGGGGCUCAGCUUCGGGAAGAGCAGCUCCAGGCGGAAUGUGAGAGGCUGCAGGGAGAGCUGAAGCAGCUGCAGGAGACGCGGGCCCAGGAUCUGGCCUCCAACCAGUCGGAAUGUGACAUGGCUUGGGUAAAGAGAGUUGGGGACGAUCAGGUGAACUUGGCGCUGGCCUACACAGAACUGACGGAGGAGCUGGGUCGGCUUCGGGAGUUGAGUUCCCUGCAGGGGAGGAUCUUGAGGACUUUGCUGCAAGAGCAGGCUCGAAACGCAGGCCAAAGGCACUCGCCGCUGUCACAGCGCCACUCCCCGGCCCCCGCGUGCCCCUCGCCCUCCCCGCCUGCCAGACCGCCGCCCUGUGCCCCGUGCCAGUCCCCCGCCACGCAGCGCCGCUCGCCGGUGCCCCCGUGCCCUUCGCCCCAGCAGCGCCGCUCGCCCGCCUCGCCCUCCUGCCCGUCGCCGGUCCCACAGCGCCGCUCGCCGGUGCCGCCAUCGUGCCAGUCACCCAGCCCGCAGCGCCGCUCGCCGGUGCCACCCAGCUGCCCGGCCCCGCAGCCCCGGCCGCCGCCGCCCCCGGGCGAGAGGACGCUGGCCGAGCGCGCCUACGCCAAGCCGCCCAGCCACCACGCCAAGGCCGGCUUCCAGGGCCGCCGCAGCUACUCGGAGCUGGCGGAGGGCGCGGCCUAUGCCGGUGCCUCCCCCGCCUGGCUGCAGGCCGAGGCCGCCACGCUCCCCAAGCCCCGCGCCUACGGCGGCGAGCUCUACGGCCCCGGCAGGCCGCUCAGCCCGCGCCGCGCCUUCGAGGGCAUCCGCCUGCGCUUUGAGAAGCAGCCGUCGGAGGAAGAGGAGUGGGCCAUGCCCGCCAGCCCGCCCAGUCCCGAAGCGGGCACCAUCCGCUGCGCCUCAUUCUGUGCGGGCUUCCCCAUCCCGGAGUCACCUGCGGCCACCGCCUAUGCCCACGCUGAGCACGCACAGUCCUGGCCAUCCAUCAAUCUACUGAUGGAGACGGUGGGCUCUGACAUCCGCAGUUGCCCCCUCUGCCAGCUGGGUUUCCCUGUUGGGUACCCAGAUGAUGCCCUCAUCAAACACAUUGACUCCCACCUGGAGAACAGCAAGAUCUAGGGCGCCUCUCCCCCAGCUGGCUGUUUCUCUGCUCUCUCAUCACCCCCCCCCAAACACUCACUUUGAAUGCUGCAUGAAUCUCGUGGGGGGCCCCUGCCCCUUGCGGUCCCCAGAUACCUCCACUAGCUACCGAGUCAAUGUGUGUGUGCCGUCUUCCCUGGUCCAGGCACCACUCAGCUCUGGCUCUUUCCUGGAGGUUGACCAAGGCUCUCUCUAUCUUCCUGGUUUCCUCUGGGGAGUGGGAAUCUGGUCUGGGAUGGGGAGGACAAACCCUCCACCUCUCUCUCUCUCUCUCUCUCUGCCUUUCUGUUUUUCAACAAAGUCGGAUCCAAGAAGAAGUCUAGUGCUUGUGGGAGGGAGAGGAGGAGGGGUCAAGAGCUCUGGGAGCCCCUUCCCAGUAUCCGUCUUUCCUGGGCAAUGUUCUUCCAGGGAAGACCUCUCGAGAGGGUCUCAGAGCCUGCCCUGCACACUGAUGCCGGCCCUCUCUCUCAUGCUCAACCAGCCUGGGGCUCGUGGUAUUGGGGAAGGAGGCAUCUUUUUUUCUCACUAGUCCCUGCAGGCCAGCUCUGUUCUCCCCCUCUGCCCACCCUGGGGAACAGGGAAGGUGGCGGAGGGGUGGGAGGACCCUGCAGGCCUUCGAUGAUCCAGUCCAAAGGGACUGCCUUGAGGCUGGGACUCCUGGGCCAUCACCCUCAGUCUGGGUGACCGUCUGGCAAGCCUCACAGGCCUGGGCCCUUCCAGAGUCCCUGGCACUAAGGUGCAGAUCCUCAAGGCCGAUGCCUCCAUGCUCCCCCACUGCAGCUCCUGACACCAUAGGUACCCUGGAGCCCAGGUGUGACUCAGCCUGUGUUUGCUGGGUGGGUGUGAUCAGCCCCUCCCUCCCAGGCCAGAACCUGAGAAUGGGCCCUGGGUGCUGUGGAGAUCAACUUCAAAAGAGCUAAUCCCCUUCCCAUACCCACCCACCCACCCCUAUAUUCCCUCUGUGAAAUCUACCUCAGAGCCGUCCCCUCAGAAAGACAGGGGAGCGGGAGGCUGGGGCCCCAGGCUGAGGUGGGAGCCUCCUGAGGGAGCCUGCUGCCCACUAUGAAUCCACCCCUCACGUUGAGCCUCCCUGGGGCCUUGGCCAGCCGGUGGCAGUGAAAACCACUGUCCACCGCAUGUACCAUUCUGAUCCAAAUCUUCCAGGCCCUCUCCCCACACCCCUCCUUCCUCUGUGCAGGGGGUGAGGGGUGUGUCAGCAGGGAAGGGGCCAAGGACUCCAGAGACACAUCAUUGUACCCUGAGUGUUCCCCAGGGAGGGGACAUGGGGAAGGGGGCCUGUAGAGGGGAGAGAGGGCCCUGUGCUCUCUGAACAAGUUGAAAGUCCAAAUAAAACUUACCUGUUCCAUCUG